CGUUCCCAUAAUUCACAUGUCAAAAUGUCAACUUUUGCAAAUCGAAAGUUGGGAAAUAAAGUAAAAUCUCAGUGAUUUUUUACUUUCAAGAGACAGGAUGCAACUGAAAAAUCACUAACAUCAUCUCUACAUAUUUAUGAGUAUUUAGAAUAUAUAGAAUGGCUGCUGCUUCUGUACUACCUUCCACAAGAAGUGAACUUGACCUGUUUUUGAAAGGCGACAAACUAGGACAAAAAUUCCACGAACUGUUUCAGCUUGCGGAGGAAAAUAAUGUUCAGAAAAAGAAACAAGAAAAAAAGCCAAAGAAAUCUAAACACAAAGUUAAAGAAAAGAAGUCAAAGGUAUGUAAAAGAGAUGCAAGCCCAGAGGAGAUACCAGAGAACCUGACUACUAACCUGGAGAUUCCAGGCAAUCCCUCAACCUUCAAUGUAUAUGCUCUUGUACGACAGACACUGCUUGAGAAAUGUAUGAAAGAAGCAACGAAAGUUUACCAGAAAAGUACAGGAAAUUUUUCAGACUCCGAGACAGAUGAGGAGACAGAUGAUAAAAGCAAAGAUGCUGCUGUCAAAAUACCCAAGAUUGUUGGGCUUGGACUGUGUGGUGUGUUUGAACUGGUACGAGAGACACGUGCCAACUACCCUGAAUUAUGUGUGAAGGCAAUGAAAGCCCUGCUUGACAUGUUACAGGGACAGAUGCCAGAAAGUAUGAAACAUGAACCCACUGAUGUUGUUGAUGGAUUGUUUCAACUCCUAAUGGACAUUGCUACCAACUCUGGGCCAGACUUUGUACACCAAGGGCUGUCAUUGACCUCGCUGGCAUGUUCGGCAUUGAUCAGUCUGGUUAUAGCGCUAGGAGACACAGGAAAACUUCUCACUGCAGUGGCAGCUCUACUUAUGAGUACAGGACCUCUUGCAUCUGAACACAUUAAGGUACCUGGAAUUUUGACCUCCUUACAGAAGAGUGUACAGGCAGUGCUACAAGGCAAGACUCACCUGCCUGAGUGGUUCACACAUGGAGUAAAGGAACAGUCCAGAUUGUUUUCUUUCAACUUGCAAGAUAUACCACAUACAUCAUCGCUAGAGUCACAGGGCAUAUCUGCUAUCACAUCAGAUGGUCGCUACCUGUACAUACACAAUAAAUAUGGACUCUUCAAGAUAGGCUCUGGAUAUGGGGGAUCAUUAAAGGGUCACAUAGUUUGCUACAGAGAGAUGUUGCCAGCCAAGUCCAGUGUAUGGUUAGCCUAUGCUGGGUCAUUGCUAUUAUGUAGAAUAGAUAAUUCCUCUCAGCUGUGUACAAUCAACACUGACUCACUAGAAGUGGAGAACCUCUGUGAUAUGGAUGGACAUGGUGUUGCUCCCUGUGCAAUGUUCUGUGAUGGAGAACAUAUAGGGCAGAUCACAGCGGCCAAAGAUGAUAGUUUUGUUGUACGUAUGUUUGACCCUCAUCAAUCUCCGAUGACAGUUGUUAAUGAAUUACCUCUGAAACUGACACGAAAAUGUGUUGAUGCAUUUGGAGUGGACGUCUCAGAUAUUGGCAACAGUGAGAGGAGGACUGUCUGUACAGGCUUUGAUGAGGAUAUAGCUUCAAUUACUUCUGGAAAAGAGUUCAGUCUAGUCAAAACAACAGGAGGCAAGGUAUUAUACAUGGGUAAAGCAGCAGCCCUUGGAAUUAAACAGGGUGGACCGUCCUCAGGAAAGUGGGCGGAACUUCCAAUCACCAAGUCUCCAAAGAUUGCUCAGAUAGCUACAGGACAUGAUGGUCAACAUGCAUUGCUGGUGACAGAGGAUGGUAGUGUGUUCUUUGUAGGUACACCUAGGAGAGGCGAGGACGGAGACACCUCUACAUCAAAAGGUAGAAGGCAGCCUAAAGCUGUAAAACCAAAGAAGAUGAUCAGGUUGGAGGCAAAGAAUGUGAUAUAUGCUGCCUGUAACAAUGGAAGCAGUGCUGUCAUUACUAAAGAGGGCGGGCUUUACAUGUUUGGUAAAGAUACUGCACAUUGUCACCAGUCUAGUGGUCAUGUGACAGAUUUAAAGGACCAGAUAGUAUCACAGAUAUCAUUGGGGAAAGCCCAUGCUGUGGCCCUUACAAACAAGGGCCGCAUUUAUACAUUUGGUAUCAACAACAAGGGACAGUGUGGUAGAGAUUUCAACCCAGGAGCCAGCAAAGAUGUGGGAAGUCAGAAUGUGAAUAUGACAGAAGAGGAGGAAGAAGUUGAUAUGGAAUCCAUCAUGUGUCCUCCAGGGAAGCAUAAAUGGAAAUUGGAUCAAUGUAUGGUAUGUUUUGUAUGUGGUGAAUGUACAGGAUAUGGACUGGGCUGUAUCAACUCAGGGAGAAGAAAGGAAAGAAACCCUGGCAUGCCAUGUGGAUGUGGAGCUGGAGAAGCGGGAUGCACAGAAUGUGGAGCAUGUAGAUCAUGUGCGGGAGAACAGUUAGACGGUGAGGAUCUUGACGUGGAUUUACUCAAGGGCAAGGACGGCCCUUUUGACCUUGCCAAGGAUAUAGUCCACCUCAACCUUAUCAUGGGUGGUGGUAGAGAGAUGAAGAAAGCGGGGCCGUUUGCUGAACUGCUUGCCAAGAUGGAGAGAUCUAGAGCCAUGAUACAGAAGAACUGUGGAAAGCUUGGCAACAAAAUGAGAAGGAUGCCAGUAGUACAGAAUUUACCUCCUCACAUAAUGGGAAUGAUGCAUGUAUUUAACCAGAAACCUUCACAAAACAAAGUAGACAAACCAGAAAGAGGCUCCGAAGAUCUAGAUGAGCAAGAAGCAGAACCCAGUAAUAAGAUAGUGAGUCUACCCCCGCAGGAGAUCACCAUAGGAUCUGGAGAUAUCCCCAUCACACAGAUAUCUUGUGGCAUGCAUCACACUGUUGUAUUACUGCAGAAUGGAGAAGUUUAUACAUUUGGCAGUAACCAGUAUGGGCAGUUGGGUGUUGGAGAUACAGUUACAAGAGGGAGUCCAACACGUGUUGCUCUUCCAAGUGUAGCAUGUCAGAUUGCUUCUGGAAGUCACCAUACAGUCAUACUGCUGGCAAAUGGACAGGUGCUCACUUGUGGAAACUAUCAGAAGGGUGCAUUGGGUAGAGCAAAUAUAGAAGAUGGUGCUAAGUCCAAGAUGAGUGCAGUCUGGUAUACUGUACCUGCCCCAGUACCUGGUGUUGGUGCAAGAUUUGGUCGUCGGGCUACAUGGAUAGGGGCCAGUGGUGACCAGACAUAUAUGAGAAUAGAUGAAUCUCUGAUAAAUGCUCACAUACUAUCAUCCUCUAAAGUUUUUGCAAACCAGACUACUAUCGGUCUGAUACCAAUGGGAGAGGACAAUGCUGGCAUCAUGAAAUGUUUGAUGAUCAACAAAGUGGAUGGUAAUUGUCGAAGUUCCUUCGUCAUAAAUAGUUUUGGAAGUGGAGAGCAAGUAGACUUGUCAUCAAAAGCUGUCUGUCUAGAUCCUGUCUACAAUGUUCUCUGGAGUUUCAGUCCAGAAGACAAUGAGAUUCAGUGUUACAACGUGAUAGCAGCAGAGGCUCGAUGUUUGAAGGCAGAUGAUAACACUGUAUGUGAACUGUUCAAGCCAGAGUUAUCUGUUCCUAUCAAGGGUGGUGCUGAAGCGACCAGGUCACACUGUGCUCUACAUGUUCUAGGAUGUUUGGACACACUGACCAUAGCCAAGCAGAGCAAUCUGACAGUACUGGAGGAGGCCAAGGAAAAAGCUGCAACAACAAAAAUAUACAAUAAAGAUGACUUUGCUGUUGUUAAUAGGUUUGAAAACCAUGGUGGAGGAUGGGGUUACUCUGGUCACUCUAUUGAGGCAAUCAGAUUUAUGUGUGAUACUGACAUACUGCUUGGAGGGUUUGGACUGUUUGGUGGCAGGGGAGAGUACUAUGGUAGAAUCAAGUUAUUUGAGCUUGGUCCAGAUGGAGGGGAAAAUGAGGGCGAUGGUGAAGUUGUUGCUGAAUCUGAGGAAGUAGCAUUUGAAUGUGGUGCCAGGGAGAAGUACCCAAUGUUGUUUGAUGAGCCCGUUCUUCUACAAGCUCACAGCUGGUAUGUUGCUCUAGCCAAGAUUUCUGGACCAAGCAGUGAUUGUGGAUCUAAUGGUCAGUCUGUGGUCACUGCUGAAGACCAAGUUGUGUUCAAGUUUAAAGGAUCUAAGAAAUCAAACAAUGGCACUGAUGUGAAUGCUGGACAGAUACCACAGUUACUAUAUAGACUACCAUCACGUGACAACACAACAGUUCCAAGGAAAUCUGACACAACAGAGUCAGCACUUAUACUGAGUCCAGACUUCUCAUGUACAGUCUCUCCUGAGAAUUUUGAAUCCUUGUUGAAACUGUUAGAAUGGAGUUGGAACACGUUUCACUCUAUAGCCCAGGACCUGGAUACAACACGAGGCAGUAGUCAUCUAGGGGCUGUUACAGAUCUACAGAAACUGGUCUACAUUAGUAGGGCAUGUCUCAGACUGCUGAAGACUUACAUCAAUGAAGUAUAUCCGGAUGGAGUGUUGAUCAAGAAGAUGACUGCGGAGACAGAGAGACUAGCAGAGUGUGUUGGUAGUUCUCAGGACCUGUUACGCCGUAUCUUAGCUGAUGAAGUUAAUCCAAACCUGCUCAAGUUCAAAGUGUUUGUUGAUGAGCCGCCAGGUUCUCAGAUCUCAUCGCCAUUUGUAGAUGAUAUACUCGACGAGUGUCAUCUGACAUUUAGAUCUUGUUUCCAUGCUUUCUACCCUACUGGAAUGCUCAAAUGGUUGUGCUUGUGUGAUCUGCUACAACAUCUUGAACCGAGUAUGGUGAAUGCUGGUGGUUAUGGUCGUCUACUUGCGGCAAUUAUGGAAGCCAUGUGUCAUCCUACAAUCAAGUUAACCAACAUUAUGCCAAUCAACUGUGAGCCACAGACAGAGGAAAUCUUGCGUAAACAGUCUACUGUUGUCAUGGAUGAUAACACCAAUAGUGUGGCAAGGAUGGGAGAUAUACACAGAUUCCCACUUCUAGUUGAUCAUAUGACAAAUAGAAUUGAGACAUCAGGAAUUGGAAGAAGUCAUAUAUCGUUCAAGGAAGUGUUAGAUCGCCUGUUGAUGAUUGUAUCAUACCCUGUCAGACAGACACUGAUCAAAGACCAGUCCCCAUACCCUAGUGUACUGGUGGCCAAUACAUGUUCUCUUCUCUCAACCAUUGUCAGUGAACUGGCUGCAACUGCCACUGGUUUGGAGACUGAUGUGACAUCAACAACACGACCUAUGCUGGUAACACCAAACAGGUUUACACGUACCAGUCAGACUGCAUACUGGAACACAGGGAAUGGUUCCCCAGAUGCUAUAGAGUUUAUGGUAGACAAGCCAGGAAUCGUGAUUGCAGGAAUAUGCCUGUAUGGCGGAGAGGGAGGGUACAACUAUGAACUGGAACUCUUGGAUGAGCAAAGCGGUGCUCAGAAUGCAGACCCUUCUCAUACCCAGAGAUGGCACAAUAUUGAGAUUGUGAAGGGAUCAUAUGGUCCAGAUGACUCUGUCAAUGACAUUGCAGAAAUCAAGUUUGAUAAACCUAUUCCCAUAAAGGAAGGGGUAAAGUAUGCCAUACGUCUACGUAACCGUGGUUUCCAGAGAACUUUCAAUGGUGAUGGUGGUAUCAGCAAGGUCAAAUGUCCCGAUGGAACGACCUUCACCUUUACUGCUUGUUCCCUCAGUAGUAAUGGAACCAACCAUAUGAGAGGACAAAUUCCUCAGAUAUUAUAUUACAGUGCACCACAAGAGGGUGAACAGCACCAGCAGAACACAAAGAACUUGGCAGAACUACAGGCCAGGAAAAAUGCUAUAGACAUAGUCAGUGCUAUAUGCCGUGUAGCCACGGAUCUGCUGCAUCGGGCACAAAGCAUACCAUCAGAAGUUGUGAAGGAAACAUUGGGAAAUUCCCAGUUGUUUAAAUCUCUCCUGCCACUCUGUUUAGCAUACAUUGGUCCAGUGGCCUCCCAGGAUCCAAGGGGAGCAGUGCAGGUACUAGGACUGGUACAGGAGAUACUGCCAGCACUGACCACCCUGAUAAACCAAGUAUUUCCUGCUCCUCCAAAAUUAGAGGCAGGGGAGGUAACUAAUGGUGGCAUCACACCACAACACUACGCUAUACUGGAGAGUGAUCACCCCUACAAACCUGCCACAGUUGCUAAUUACAAGGUGACAUUCCCGGAGACAGUGAAGUGGAUGGUUGUAGAGUUUGAUCCCCAGUGUGGCACUGCGCAGGCAGAGGACACCCUGCAACUGUUUGUACCAGGCUACCAGAAGUUUGAGGCUCCAGCUACACCAGCUCCUGUACUCGGUGAGGAACAGGAGACAUCAAAGAUGGCUUACUGGCCUAUUUUGAGGAAAUUCCAUGGAACAACUACCUGGCCCAAGUUAUCUGUUGUUAUACCUGGAAAUGAGGUGAUAUUUUCCCUGGAGACAGCAUCAGAUUAUGUGAAGGAUGAGAAGGCCUGUUUCUAUGGUUUCAAGUGUUUCAUUGUAGGCUAUGAGUGGAAAAAUGGAACAGAAGAAACAAUAUGUCACCUGGAGAAAGAAUUAAGUUACCUGGGUGGAAUGUGUAGUUCAUCUCUGAUCAAGAAGGACAUUAUGUUACCGCCAGUCACUGUAGAGGAACUAGAGGAAGAUAUGGACUAUGUAGAGGAAGCAGCACAAAUGGUAUUUGGUGAACACUCUCAACUGCUUGGGAAAGGAUUUGCCUUGUCAAGGCCCCCGACCGUAGUACAAGCUCUAGAAGGGAACUUGCCAUUCUGUUGGCAGAGCAAUGAGAGAUCAUUUCUCAAGGAUUAUGUGUCAUGUACCAAUGGUACUAGUGGAUGUAGACUGGCUAGAUGGUUGCAGCCAGAUUCAUAUGUGGAUCCCAGACAGUGUGUAAUACAAUACAGUGAGGAUGACUUAAAAUGUAGCUGGCCAAACAUCAUAAUUGUCCUUACCAAAGAUCAGUAUGGACAACAAGUAUAUGCUCCAAAUCUCAAGGUUGAGGUACGAGCCGUGCCUAUUGACCUAGAUCCAUCAGGAGAUGAAUAUAAGCGUAUGCGACGCUUGAGUCGUCCAGAUGAGGGUACAACAACGUUCGGAGGUCACCAGCCUCCCUGUCUUGAUACACCAUAUGAAGUUACUAUAAAAGACAAGAAAGAUGCCUUCCAUGCCAUCUGUAUGAUGAAAGCUUAUGAGAACUAUUCGUUUGAGGAGUUGCGCUGGGCAGCACCUGCAGUACCAAGGCCAAGUGAGAAUAUGCUGGUUAGGUCAGCUGAUGAUGGCACAUACCAUGCUAACUGGACUCCCAGUAGUAUAGGCCUCUAUAACAUCUUUGUCAGCAUUGAUGGGUUUGAAACAGGAGAGACAUACAAAAUGGAGGUAAAGGAGCCACCAAAAGGUGUUACCCCACCCACUCAGUCAUUGAAACGACAACAGAGAAAGCAGAUGAGGAAGUUUGUGGGUAAGAACAGUGCUGGACUGAGGGUGAGGACAAACCCAUCAUUACAGAGUGAACAGAUUGGUAUUGUGAAACCUGAGGGGGUCAUCUCAUUUAUGGACGAGGUACACAAUGAUGAUGGUGUAUGGUUACGACUGUGUGCUGACAGCAUCAAGGAGUGGUGUAACAAUGGUUUUACAGAUGCAUGGGUGUUACAGUAUAACCAGCACCUGGGAAAAACACUGCUGGUUCCCCUAGAGGAACCUAAGUCAAUCAUUGAUGAAAUACUCAAUGAAACAGUGAAGAAAUUUCAAAUGUAUGGCCAGAAACCAACCACACAACCUGUUCAAGGAGGUCCAGGUGCAUAUGAAGUUGUCAAGUGUGGGUCAUUUGGACAUAACAUCAGAAACCAUCCCAAUCUUAAGGCCACACCUGUAGGCCGUGUCACCAUGGGUAACCAAGUUAAUAUUAUUGAAGAGGUUGUAAAUGUUGAGGGUACAUGGGUGAAAUUAGACCCAGACAGUGUAGAGCAGUAUUGUCAAAAUAAAGAUGGUGAGGCCUGGGCGCUGGCAAAAUCCAAGGAUAACACUGCAUAUCUCCUGCAUGAAUCUCAGCUGGGCCUCAGUCAACAGUCAUCUGCCAAAGAUCCAUUCGCAUUCAAUACCUUGCCACCCCAGGUCCAACAAGGUGGUUUUGACUUUGGUAGUCCAGGACAGAGGUAUCCGAUGUUUGGACAGGACCAGGGUACUGUGUUUGGUAACAGGAGAACUAGUCCAUUUGCCUUUGGAUCCCAAUCCAACCUGUCAGUAUUUGGCAAUUCACCUUUACAACCUCAAGCCAGUCUGCCACACGGGUUUGGAAAUAUUCCUAACUUUGACCGCUACCAGAGGAGCGAGAUGGGACGUACAUACUCCCUGCCUGCUUCUGCUACUCACCAGCCAUAUGGUAAUGUUGGAUCUGGUAUACAGUUUUCUCCGAGGAAUGCUUCUCCUGUCGUCUCUACAAGGUCUCCAGCUCCAGGUUCUCCAAAGUUUUCACGGAAGGAAAUGCAAGCUAGUGGUCUUCCGGCAGAUCUGCAGGGAGUUUCUGUGAAAGAUCUAGUCAAAGCUUUAGGCCAGUCACAAAUUGACCAACUUGAGUGGUCUAACCUGGAAUGGCUUUUCAAUAAAGAGCCGAGUGGUCUCGCAGUUAAUAUUGCCGGAAAGGAGUACAGGGCCCUCACUCGAGCUAUCAGCCCCAAAAAGCUUGCCCAGCUUAUAGGUGAAAGUCAGGCCAAUGGUAACGGACCAACCCCAGUCCCCUCACCUCCAGGCUCACCAAAGAAAUUGUCAAGGAGUUCUAGUCCACAGACAUCUGUUGAUAAGCAAGGUUCCCCAAGGUCUGGUUCACCAGUUGCUAGAAGUGGAAGUCCGAAACAAUCAUUCUCUCCAGCAAGAGUAAGCUCAGUGGCCUCGGAAAAUUCUAAUGCUUUCGUCACCCCUCCUAGUAGCCCUCUUACUACUAGAAAAGGGCAACUGAUGAAGGAAGCUUCAGCUGACCGUCCGUCUGUUUCCCCGCCAGAUUCACCACUAGUCCGCCAUGUUGCCAUUGAGGGAGCAGAGGUAAAGGAAGAACCAAGCCAGGGUACAUUGAGUCCUCGGUUCUCAUCACCCAGUAGAAUCAGUCCUCAAGGGAGCCCUAGAAGAUCUGGGAGCCCACAUGUCAGCUCCAGUCCCUCUAGAGCUGCAGCAGGUUCACCAUCCCUGACAGGACAAGGGGGUGAAGGGGUCAAGGUCGCCUUUAAUAUAGGGGCUACAAAUAAAGAGGAAACUGCUGGCAGACUGUCACCAAAGAAUAUUCGGAAAGACAGAGGUCGUCAACUGAGAACAAAACGUGAGAGAGCAUCAUCACCUUCCCAACGAGAUCUUGGUCCCAUGUCAAGGGCACGUGCGUUCUCUGCAUCCAUGGUGAUGGACAGACCCAAACAUUAUGUGAAGGAAGCUAUGUCGCCAUCAGUGGCAGAGACUCUACGUUCUGUAUUUGCUGCCUUCUUGUGGCAUGAGGGAAUCGUGCAUGAUGCCAUGGCCUGUGCCUCUUUCUUAAAAUUUAAUCAAAACCUAACAAAGGAGAUGUCAUUGAUAAACAAGUCAAAAAAGCCAGAAAAACAAAGGGAAAGGGUAAGACAUGCAACAGAUUCAAGUAAAGAUCAGACAAAGAAGAAGGAAAACAUCAAUGAACCUCGUGUCAGAUUUAAGAUUGACUCCAAGGUCAAAAGUGAUGAGAAACCUGAAACACAUUACUCCGACUCUGAGAAGAAAAAAGAACCAGUCAAGUACAAAUCUGAUAUUAAAACUGUUGAACAUUUUCUUCUGUCUGAAAAGUCUGCUACAAUAGAAAAAGAAACCCAGUUACCACCAACCUUACAACAUUUAGUUUAUUUCUGGGACGAGUUGUCAUCUGCAACUUUACGUGUCAUAGUUCAGGAGCUUGUUUAUCCUAGUCCUGCAAUAGCAAUAAGAAGUAAGAAACCUGAAAAGAAAGAUGAGAAGAAGGAUAAGGAGAAGAAAAGUAAGAAAAAGAAGGAAGUGAAACAAAUGGGACGUGCUGGAAUAUUUGCUGAAGCAAUAGCUAUGGGUGUUUAUGGUGGAGGAGUUGAGAGGGAGUCAAAUUGUGAACUGUGCAAUGGAAUGUUUCCCCACCCAGUGACAUACCAUAUGAGACAGGCUCAUCCAGGGUGUGGGAGGCAUGCAGGUGGGAAGGGAUAUAACAGUGGUGGGAACUUCUGUGAUGGAUGGGCAGGGAAUUGUGGGGAGGGUGGUGUGGGUGGAAGUAGCUGGUACCUCAUUUGUGAUAAAUGCAGGGAGAAAUAUUUGAAAGAGAAACGGCAUGCUCAGAAAGAAAAAGACAAAAAUAAGAAAGGCAAGAAGAAGAAUACAUUGUCAAGGCAACAGAAUGUCAUGCUACCUCUUGAACCCCAUAUAAUUCUGAAGAACAAUGCCAUGUUCUUACUUGAUCUUGCAAGUGCUUCUGGAUUUCAGCUGCCAACCCAUAGUCAGAAGAAAGUCUCUCCAAACCACGAUUUACUGCUGCCUAGUGUGAUAGAAGAAUACAGAAUGGAUCUUAAUCCAUUCCCACAAGUUCCCUUUCAAUAUUUGAUAAGGCAGAGUGCACAGAGUUCAGAUUCAGCAUUUGCAGAUGAAUUUUAUAUUGAUGCAGAUGAGAGAGUGAGAUCAGGGUCAAUGAGUAUGAGACGACCAGUCCAUUCACUCUCCUAUCGACCUAGACUUCCUACAGAACCUAGACACAGUCCAUUAGCAAGGUCAGGGUCACUUGGCAAAGAUCAAAGGCCCUUAUCUACAUGUAUUCCGCCAACUAGUCCACUGGAAGGACGUAUAGAUGUGAGUAUGCACAGUGCAGGGACCAGCCCUGAGUCAGAACCAGAGGGAGCAAAGAAAAGUGCAUUUCAACGCAGUAUAUCAGAGAUUGUAUCUGAUGAUGAUAGCAAUGCCCAUGACAAAAAUCUGGGUCGUCUUUUCUCACCUCGUAGGAGAAAUAACAGUGGAGGUGUUGGUGAUGGAGGAACCUUAUUAAAACACCCGUCAGCUGCAAUGACAAAGUUGAUUGGCUCCACAGACAAGGGAGGUAAUGUUCUACCUCUGAGUAGUCAGGAGAGAGCUCUCAGUCGACCUGUGAUGGCCUUUAUAGUACAGAGACAUGAUCUGGAUGGUUUACAGUUAGCAAUGAGACAGGCACUGAGGAAGGCAACAUGUAGGGUGUAUGCUUUACAGGCAAUGAACUGGUUGUUGCGCAUGGUUACCCAGUCAAUAUGUAUACAUGACCUGCUAUGGUUCUUUGUGUCGGCACUGAGUCCCGGCGAGGAGGAGUCAGACGAGGUUCCAGAGGAAGCCAAGGAUGGACAGAAGAAUGAACCAAUUGUGAAAGACCAGAAGAAAGACCCGAAGAAGGAUCAAGAAGAGGUUCCAGUGUGUGACCAUCCGAUGGCUGAUAUCACCAUAGCGGGUAAAGCUGUUGAUCCAUUACCCGAGACGUUCCAUGCAUUGUUACAGUCUAUAGCUGAUGUCACCAUGUGUCUACCUAUUGGUAGUGUCAUACAGCAAAUGUCCCUGCGUUGUUUCUGUAUGAAGUUUCGUCAGUCUGACCACCAGUUCCUGCACGAGAGUCACGUGUUCAGCAACAUCAGUCAGAUACUCAGUAAAUCGGACGAGUUAGCAGAGGAAAGUAAUGGAGAACCUCAACAAACCCCAUACAAAGUGAUCUCCCUAAAGGAUCUUACUCCAACUGCUGAGAUUAAAGCUUCCAGUAGACAAGCCAUGAUUGCCAGCCUCACAGAUAAUUCCACGGAAACUUUCUGGGAGAGUGGUGAUGAGGACAGAAAUAAACUGAAGACCAUAACAAUAACAUGUCAGGGUCAGGCCAACCCGAGAAUUAUAUAUGUGCACAUAGACAAUACAAGAGAUCUAGGGAGUAAGGUAUCCAAUAUCACAUUCAAUGCUGGCCCAGCUGUUGAGGACAUGAAGAAGGUGUUUCAGUGUGAGGUUGACACAAGACAUAUUGGCUGGAUAAACUGUCCUAUACCUGAGGAGGAUUGUAAAUGUAUCCAGCUGUCUAUGAGAGGCCCUGACCACAGUCUCCGAGUGAGGCAGGUGAAGGUCCUUGGGGACAAGAUAGAUCUUCCAGUGAAGAAGAGUGCAGCUCAGAUACAGCAGAUGAACUGUGAGGCAGAGACUUUGAAAGUGUUCAGACUUCUCACAUCACAGGUAUUUGGCAGAUUAAUAGACAAGUUAGACAGUAAGAAGACACCAGAUACGUGGGAUCAACAGGACAGUGAGCCUGAUCUCAAGGAACAUAUGGUCGGAAUACUCUUCAGUCGUAGCGGGAAACUCUCACACCUUCAAAAACAGGUGUGUUCCCACAUUGUACAAGGUAUCAAGAAAGAGACUGUGAGAGUCCGAGAUGAAUGGGAGGCUUCUUUGCUGCUCAAAGGCGGGGCUCAACAAGACAUCAAAUCCAAUGACAUGUUUUGUUUUGAGUUGGUUUCCAUGGUAACAGCAUUAACUGGUUCUGGUGUAGGUAGAGCGUACCUUGCUCAGCAGUAUGGUCUACUACAAGACUUGUUUAGUCUUCUACAUACAGCUUCACCUAGAGUGCAAAGACAGGUUUUGUCUGUGUUACGACGUGUGUUACCAGAUGUGAAGCCUCAGACCCUUGCCAACAUCCUGUCAGUGCCCUCCCUUCCACCUGUAGAGUACAGUAUAGUGAGUAUGGCCAGUAAGGAGGAAGGUGACCGAGGGUUUGAUCCUCAGAAACCUUGUAUCCUCGAUGUGUUCCUUGCUUGUAUUGCCAAGGCACUGACAGUUCAGAUGAAGGUCAAGGCUGCAGGGCCACAUAAGGGAAUCACUUCCUUGAUGCUGGCAGAUGCAAUAACAGAGCAGUCAAUGAUCACAGCUACUGGACCUCGGUGGUGGUUGAGAGGUAGAAUGACCAGCAGCCUUGCCAAUAACGUGAUCUCCUUGGUACAAGACAUGGCAAAUGGUAGUCUAUCUGAGGGCUGGAAAGACGUUACCAAGGCAGCCAUUGCUGAAGCCAUCCUAGCAUUAACCAAAUUGGAAGAGGGAUUGAGAGCUCCACAAGCUUGUAUAAAGACCCCUACUGUAUGGCUAGCGCUUGCCUCCCUGUGUGUUCUGAACCAAGAUCAUGUUGAACGCCUGACCUCUGGUGAAUGGGUGAGCAGUCCAAACGGAACCCAUGGCCAGCCACGCCCGACAUGUGAUAACCAUGAUGAUGGAGAGACUCCAGCUAUCAUCCUGUGUCUGGGCUGUGGUAACCUGUGUGCAGAUUGUGACAGAUUCCUGCAUCUUCAUAGAAGUAAACGUUCACAUCAGAGACAGGUGUUUAAAGAAGAGGAAGAGGCAAUUAAGGUAGAUCUACAUGAAGGAUGUGGUAGAACCAAACUUUUCUGGAUCAUGGCUCUCGCAGACUCCAAAAUGCUGAAAGCAAUGGUGGAAUUCAGAGAGGGAAAAGGUAAAUCUGCAGCAACUCCUGGCAAGGCUGGACCAGGCACCUGUAGGUUCUGUGGCACCACAAGCAACACCGGUGUACUGGCCAUUGGUAAUGUCUGCUCUGAUCCAGACUGUCAGGCCUAUGCAGAGGAAGCAUGCAACAAGACGCUAUCUUGCGGACAUGUGUGUGGUGGUAUAAAGAAUGAUACAUGCCUACCUUGCCUACAUCGUUGCCGUGCUGAGGACCAGGAAUUACUGAAACAAGACUCGGAUGACAUGUGUAUGAUCUGCUUCACAGAGGCGCUUUCUGCCGCACCUGCUAUACUGUUGAAGUGUGGUCAUGUAUUCCAUGCUCACUGUGCGAGGAGAGUGCUGGAGAAUAGAUGGGUCGGUCCCAGAAUAACUUUUGGUUUCUCACAUUGUCCUAUUUGUAAGUGCAAUAUUGAUCACCCGGUGUUACGAGAGUUGUUGAGACCCAUACAGCAGCUCUAUGAGGACGUACAUAGAAAGGCUUUAAUGAGGCUGGAGUACGAGGGUUUACACAAGGCAGAUGCAAUCAUCACCCCCGGGGCAAGGUUCUACAAGGACCCUGCAGGGUUUGCUAUGGACAGAUAUGCCUACUAUGUUUGCUACAAGUGCAGAAAGGCAUACUAUGGAGGAGAAGCUCGUUGUGAUGAGCAGAUAGAAGGUGGAGAUCAGUUUGACCCUACAGAGUUGGUGUGUGGAGCAUGCUCUGAUGUUACCAUGGCUCAAAUGUGUCCAAAGCAUGGGACAGACUUCCUCGAGUACAAAUGCCGUUACUGUUGUUCUGUGGCUGUAUUUUUCUGCUUUGGAACAACACAUUUCUGUAACCUUUGCCAUGAUAACUUCCAACAAGUCACAAGUAUACCAAAAUCUGAGCUACCUAAGUGCCCAUGUGGCCCUCGUGGCAAACAGUUGGAAGGUGACGAGUGUCCUCUCCAUGUGAAACACCCUCCCACGGGUGAAGAGUUUGCCCUCGGAUGUGGAGUUUGCCGCAACGCUCAUACCUUCUAGAAUAUAUAACAUUCAACACAUUUCUGUUGUACUGUUUGUUUAUAGAGAUGUGUUAUUAGACUCGGAAUGUGUUACUAAUUUGACAUUUACAAGGGUCUGUAGGCCAUAAGAUGGUCAGUAUAAAUCACUGGUCGGUUGACACAAUAUAUCCUUGGUAACAAGGUUAACUUUUAAAUAGAAUUGUUAAAUAACUCUGUCUUAAUACAGUUGUAUGAUAUUACACGAGAGCAAUACCUUCAUAAAUAUUCAAGUAAAGUUUUACAUGUUCUUUUCUCAUUCUACAUAACAGUUAGAUGACAUGAAAUCACUGCCUGAUUACACAUUGUAACAUGGAAUCAGUAAUUUUUAAUAGUCGCUUUUCAUACACACAGUCAAGAUAAAUAUAGAACUUUGAAACAUCUCAUUGUUUUGACAGUAUCACAGUACUUGAUUUUUUUAAGUAUAAUUCGUACUAAGGAUGACAAUAGUGAAAUAACUGUAGUGAUUUUUAUGUAAAAUUGAUUGGAGUAUUGUACACUUUCGUUUCUUUUGAGAAAUCAGUGGUGCAUGUGUCUGUUUACAAAACUGCUUUCAAAGGCAUAAGUGUCAAUAUUUUUUUUUGGCUGUGACUAAAUACAGAGUUGGUGCGCCCGUGAUAUAUUACAGACUCCGGUAUAUACCGGAUUAACUAAAUUGGAACAAAAAUACCUUAAAUGUAUAUAUUUUGUAACCAUGGUGAUUCUAACCCUAACCUUUAGUCAGUAUAUUAUGCACAUUAUACACUAAAUGCGUGCGGACAUGCAAAAAAAUGAGUAUUUUUGCUGUGCGUUCCAUUUGAUAAUAAUUCCGCGCAUGUGCAGAACGGCUGCACCAACUCUGCAAUGAGAAACAUUCUCUUUUUUUUUGUUCUGUAAUAAACCAUUCACUCGCUGAAAAACAAGUACCCUGCCAUAGAAUUUGGUUGUUCCAGGUUGUUUAAACAGUCUUGAAAGAACAGAAUCUAAUCAGUUAAGAAACUAAUCGAAUCAUUUUCUGGUUAAGCUAGGAUUUUCAGUUUAUUGUACCACCCCCCCCCCCCCCAACAACAAAGUUGUAAAGGUGGGUAUACUGGUUUCAGGUUGUAUGUCUGUCUGUCUGUCUGUCCGUAGACACAAUCUUGUGCGCUCCAUCUCUCCUCAUCCCCUUGACACAGUUUAAUGAAACUUCACACAAGUGAUCAGUAACAACAGUAGUUGUGCAUGGGGCAUGUUAGGUUCUUUUAGAAAAAAAAAUUGCAGAGUUACGGGACUUUGUUUUUUGUUACUAUACUAUAUACAUAGACACAAUCUUGUGCGCUCCAUCUCUCCUCAUCCCCUUGACACAAUUUAAUGAAACUUCACACAAGUGAUCAGUAACAACAGUAGUUGUGCAUGGGGCAUGUUAGGUUCUUUCAGAAAAAAAAUUUGCAGAGCUGUGGGACUUUGUUUCUUGUAAAUAUACUAUGUACAUACAGUCUGCAUAUGCAAUCUUGUGCGCGCCUAAUCUUCCGAACCCUUGCACAUAAUUUAAUGAAACUUCACACAAGUGAUCAGUACCAACCCUAGUUGUGCAUGGUGCAUGAUACGUUCUUUUAGAUAAAUAUUCUGCAUAGUUAUGGGACUUUGUUUUUUUUGUUAUUAUACUGUAUACAUACAGUCUGUAUACAUACAGUCCACAUAAUUAUGCAAUCUUGUGUGUGUCAAAUUGCAAUGUACUGUGUCAGUGCAUGAGGGGGGUACAUUCAUCACCUUUAGUGAUAGCUCUAGUUGUGUUAGUAACAUAUUGGUACGUAUUUAUCUUACAAAACAUAACAAACUAGCUCAAGUACGUAUAUGAAAAAUCAUCAAGAAUUCAGAACAGUGGAUUCUAAUUAUGUAAAUAAUUCUCGUGUCUUCAUUUUACUUCUACAAGUAGUAUGUUGUUUUCAUUUUAUGUACUGUUUUUGAUGAUUUAAUUCCCCUAGAAGUCCAUGUACAUGUAUAUAUUCAGUGUACUCGCUUCCCACUAAUGACAUGUUUAUGCUAAAAGAUCAAAGUGCUUUCGAUACCACUGCUAUAUAUGUUUUACUGGAAUUUUGUUAGUUUUUUUCUGUGAUAUUUUCAAAUAAAUCUUUACAACAUCA